UCGUCUUUGAUUUGAGUCGGAAAGAAGAAUCAAUCGAAGAUUUAAAAAAAAUAACGAAAAGAAAAGUCAAACAAAUGUUUCGCACGAGCGUGUCAAUUAUUCGAGGUGUUUCAGCAUCAGCAUUUGCGAAACAAACAUCCAAUCGAGCACUCCACACGACAUUUUACGCAAUGGCUCCAGUCAAGGUUGGGGACAAGUUGCCGGCAGUCGAUUUGUUUGAGGAUUCUCCGGCUAAUAAAGUGAAUGUAUGCGAUUUGACGAGUGGCAAGAAGGUCGUACUUUUUGCUGUACCCGGUGCAUUUACUCCCGGAUGUUCAAAGACGCAUUUGCCUGGAUAUGUGCAAAACGCUGAUAAGUUGAAGUCUGAAGGAGUUGCUGAGAUCGUUUGCGUGUCCGUGAAUGACCCUUAUGUGAUGGCUGCGUGGGGAGCACAGCACAACACUAAGGGAAAGGUUCGCAUGCUUGCAGACCCCAGCGGAAACUUCAUCAAGGCAUUGGACCUUGGCACAAGCCUACCACCACUGGGAGGAUUCCGUUCUAAAAGAUUUUCAAUGGUCAUCAACGACAGUACAAUUGAGGAAUUGAAUGUUGAACCAGAUGGAACAGGCCUGUCCUGCUCUCUUGCUGAUAAGAUUAAAGUGAAGAAAUAAGCACAUCAGUAGUUUUUAAAACUCAAUAUCUCAUUUAAAUUGUGAUUCCCAUGCCUAGCUUUAUGCAGAUCUUAGUCUGUGAGCACCCCCUUGUGAUAAUGCUUUUAUGGAAUUAAAAUUGGAUACUUUAAUGUGUAAUGUUCAA